AUGCGGUCUGUCGAUGCUCACGGUGGAACACUCAGUAUUCGCCGUCGACAAGUAGUUUGGUCGUACCUCCCUUCCCCACUCCUCGGCUGGGCUCGAAGCGUACUGUGGCCGAUCGCGUCUGGAUUCCUCUCGCCUGGCCUCUUGGACGCGAAUAGUCUCAUCCGGCGUAUCAAUCCGGCCCAGACGAUGUCAGUUCUGAAUCCCGUAAACAUUACCACAUGCAGGCCAGUCCUGUCUGACCCGCAUACGUACCCCUCAAGGCUGGCAUUUAUUUCUGCCCUGACGAUGUCCAAUUAUAAUCCGUGAUAUACCGCCACAUACAGGCCGGUCCUGCCCGCAUUUUUCUGUUAUUAUUUUUAUUGAGGGGUUUUUUUCUCCUGUAAAAUUAAUCAAUCAUUUUUAAAUUUUUGUAUGGAGUUUUUUUCUCACCCCUCGCUAGUCAUUUUUCUCAAUGGACUACUAAUUCGGAAAAUAUGAAUUGGAUUUUGUAAAGAUUCUGCCUACCUCGUCUAAAAUUGGCAUGUAGAUUUAUUUUUACUUGCUUUGAUGAGACCCCGACAGGUCUUUAAUAAAAACUAUUAUUAUUAUUAUUAUUUAGGCAAAUUGAGGCCGUUUCCACAACGCGCUGUAUCACCAGUGAGCUCACGGCACCUUAUGAGCGGUGCAAACACUUCUCGAUGUCGCCACAGACGUCGAGGAUCUUCUGGGCAAUAUCUCAUCUGAUGACCCCAACACCAAGCUGA